AUUAGGGCUAGUCCUGGGAGUUAGUCAUUUCCUCUGUGAGUAAGUGAUCGGUACUGUACUGUGUGUCAGCCAGCGCUGAGCGUGCUUCUCUGCAUCUCAUCUGCUUCACUGCUGCCUGCAUUCCUGCAUCUGCCUUUUGGAACUCAAGAAAUAAAAGGAGGUAAAACAAAGGUUCUUUGAGACAGGUGCAUAGGCUGUGUUUAUAAGCAGGAAUUAUAUUAAACACAACAUCAUUGUUCUGCGGUUCAGUAUCUGUCCUAAAAGGCUCUCCCUGGAGAAGACAUGAGUGAACCAUUUGAUUGUGAUAGCUGUAAGGAGUCCUUGUACGGACGCAAGUAUAUCCAGAUGGAAGAGGGUCCUUACUGUAUUCCUUGCUAUGAUUCCCUUUUUGCAAACACUUGUGAUGAAUGUAAAGAACUUAUUGGCCACGACUGUCGGGAGUUGUAUUACGAAGACCGCCAUUACCAUGAGCACUGCUUUCGAUGCUUUCGUUGUGACCAUUCUCUGGCAGAUGAGCCUUUCACAUGCCAGGAUGAGGAACUCUUAUGUAAUGACUGUUACUGCAAUGAAUUCUCCUCCAAGUGCAUUAGUUGUGAGAAAACCGUCAUGCCAGGAUCCCGCAAGUUAGAAUACAAUGGGCAGACCUGGCAUGAACACUGUUUUAUUUGCAACAGCUGCCAGCAACCAAUUGGAUCUCGUUCUUUCAUCCCAGAGAAUCAAAACCAUUACUGCAUUCCUUGUUAUGAGAGCAAGCUAGCUCCACGCUGCACACACUGCAAAAAGUCUCUUACCAAAGGAGGGGUUACUUAUCGAGAUGAGCCAUGGCACAAGGAAUGUUUUGUCUGCACCGGAUGUAAAACCCAGCUGGCUGGGCAGCAGUUCACUUCCCAGGAUGAAAAGCCAUACUGCAUAAAAUGCUUUGGGAACCUCUAUGCCAAGAAAUGUGCAGGGUGUACUAAACCUAUAACAGGUUUCGGAGGAGCUAAAUACGUCUCCUUCGAAGAGAGACACUGGCAUCACAGCUGCUUCAAUUGUUCCCGUUGCUCUACUUCUCUGGUGGGGAAGGGUUUUAUCCCAGACAAUGAGGACAUUCUUUGCCGUGCAUGUAACAGUGAUUUAUAAUCUAAUAGAGCCUGCUGCCAAGGUGUGUCAUUUCUCUGCCAGAGGCCUGCAGCCCUUUGUGGAGCAAUGUGUUACAGGCUUCUUGUGUAACAAACUGCAAGAUGGUAAAAAAAAAUGUAUUUCCUAUAUAACAGGCUUUUAGAAUUUGCACGGUGAUCUUUAUAUCCGUUUUUAUGGCUUUGCACUCCAGUAAUAUGUGUGUCUGUUGACUGGAGCUAGUGGUAGUUUGUCUUUUUUUGGAGUAUCGGGUGGUUAUGCUGCUGAGUGACCACCUGAAAAAUACUUUGUAAUUUAAUUUCCUUCCUUGUGUUUUUUUUUAUUUUGAUUGAUUGCACUUUGAAAGCAAGCAAUGUUAAGAGUUAGGAAUGGGAAGUCUCUGGCACCAUUGAAAAUAAGCCUAGAAUGGUGCAUAGCAAUGCUAAGUUAUACUGUUUCCAGGCACAAUAUGUCCUAUUGCUUUAUGUAACUGAAGUGCUAUAAUUAAAAAACAAAUCUUGAGCUAAAAUGCCAUGCUAUUUGUUAUUAGAUUUCACCCACAUCUAUGGAUGACAAUGUUGUAUAUACCUUCAAUAUAUGAUUUCAGAAAACAAUUUCAUUCACUUCUGAUUUCUGAGAAUGCUGGGAGCUGUAGUUCUCAACAAAUAGAUGGCUGCACAUUUCACAUCCCUGCUCUAGAAAGUGCAGAGUCAAAGAAGUAACAUGCCUUAGUUUAGGUUCUCUCAAGGAUUGGAAGCUUCUCUAUAUAUACCUGUGAAUGUGACAUAUUCUUUUAUAUAUAGGCAGUAUAGUAUUAAGCCCAGGUGUUCAUUACAAAUGUUUUAUGUAUUAUUUUGUAUGCUUCAGUGCCACUAGGGGAUUGUAUACACCCCUGCAAUUGGUCUCAUCUGAAAUAUUUUCUCCUCUUAAAUAAAUGACUCCCUUUAUCAAUUAGAGACCCUUGCAUUUAUUAUACUGGAUUAUGGCGUUAUUUUUACAUAAUCUCAUUUUAUCAAAACAUUUUCAGGUUGCACACUAGAGGAGAACUCGCUAUUCACUUGGAUAGCAUUUUAUCACCUUUGCUAAAUAUGCAUCUAAAAUCCUACAACAGUGAAUAGAGAAUUGUGAAAUUCCUCUCUGACAAACUGGUAAUCUUUUGUAAUUAAUAUACCCUUUUGUCCAUGCAUCUAAUCUGCUAAUAGACACCUUCAAACCAGCCCUGGGUGGGGGGUAUGAUACAGAGAAGUAUAAUUUAAGUCCUUUGACCAGUUGUUUGCCUAGUAUCAUUGGCCACAUACUGCCCCCCAUCCUAGGAUUGAAAGCUUUUCUUCAGUGCACACUGAUAAUCUGACUGUAUGAGGGACAAUAAAAUGUGCUGGCGCUAUCACUGGCGGUGAAAUGUCUUUGCACUUUACCCAGCGAAUGCAUUCAUUUCCACUUAACUUGCAUUAAAAAAGACUGGGCCCUUAGUUUGAUCCUCCAGGUUCCAGCAAAGCAGUGCUUAACCUAUUGAGCCUGUGAUUAUGGGUAUUUUAUCAGGCACUGCAGUAACUGUAACAGUAUUUUGCCCCUUGGUUUAUGUGUGUGAAAAAUAUGACUUGGAAGGAUAUUAGCUUAUUAAUCUAUAUUUAUCCUAUUAUAUAAAUCUAUAUAUAGAUACAUAUUGAAUAUAUAUAAUAUUAUAUACAUGCACAUACACAAUUCACACAUGUUUUGUACAAAUCUCACAAACCUCCACUGAAAUGUAAAAAAAAAGAAAACAUACACUGUAAAUAGAAUAAUUAGAAAUAGUUGCUCAAUAGCUGUACUGUAGCUAACCAAAUUUGUCCUUAAAGGGAAAAUAUAAUCUAAAGCUGGCCAGACACUGAAGGAUCCUCUUGUUUGAUGAGGUUGUUGAAUAAAUAGUUUUUAUUUCCAAUUUGGCCAUCCACAUGGCUAUCCAGUCGCCCAUGGUGGCCCAGCUCAGACCAAUUGAAAGGUGACCACAGGCACAACUUUAUGUAGUCCUUGUUGAAGGACUAGUAAGCCCACUUGAUAUGUGGCCAGGCCCAACCCAGAUACUGGUUGGCAACUAUACAUUUCUGACUUGGUCAAGCAAUAUUGAUUUACAUAGAGCUAGGAUUUGUUGAUGACAGCUGAUGUGGUGCCUUCGGCUCCAUGCUCUAAUUUAUAUCUAAGAUCUAUCUUUAACAUAGACAGGUAUUGACUUGACGAUAGAUUGUAUACAAAGAAAAAACCUUCUUUGACCAUUUGCAUUUUACAAUCUAAAUAAAAGCAGAACAUCACUGCUGACUGUGUCCUUGCACUAGGAGCCCAGCCACCAGCUCCCUGUACUUUGCACCCAAAUCAAAGUUAACCUCUGCUAUUGAAAAGCAUAAAAAACACACCUAAAAUCCUCAGUCAGGUAGACUGUGGGCAGAGCAGGGGGAAGAAUUUGGGUCAUAGACAUGACACACCUGACGCAUAAAACAUUUCCAGUGGAAAGGUUGCCAUCAUAAGUUUUUAAAGAGGAAAGAAGCCGUUUGUUGUGGCUAUGGAAAAUGCAAGUGAUUGUCACUUUUUAUUGAGACAGUAAUAAACGAAAUGUGCUUCUUGUCUACGUGACUUGUCUCUUGGGAAGGCAUUCCAAAACACCAUAAACUCAGUGUAUAAUCAUGAUAAACAGAAACAUCUGUUAUGUACAAGAGGGAGGCAACAACUGUUGUACUUGAGAAUUAAGCAGCUAUGUGCCCUCUCUGUUUAGCUAUAACUCUUGUCAUGCUCAUACCAUUGCUCCGUGUGUGGAAAUUUUGUCCAACCAUUUGUGGCAAGUGCUGUGCAUUCUAAUAAUUUUGUAGUCAAUCAUCAUUAUCAUGGCAGUCCACCCAGAAAGAAAAAUGGAAUAUCCACCUCUCCCAGGACAGUGUGGGAGUUCAUUGCUUCUCAGGAAUUAAGAAGGGCCUCACAAAGCUAACCAGUUGUGUGAGCAGAUCUCAUGGAAUCAGAGCAUAUGAUCACUGGGUCAAACUUGGGAUCAUACAGGGAUCCACACCCACAACCAUGGCGGGAGUUGUGUGCUCAACAGCAACCAAGAUUCCACAACAUUCAGUUGUACAGCAUUUCUGUAUUUAUUUAUUUGUUUGCUUGCUGUAAGACAUCUAUCACCAGGAUGGCAUGAUAUAAUAGCUCCUCAUGCAUUAAAUUGCUGCUUUAACAGCAUACUAAAGAGCUUCAGGCCCCUGCUACAGUUAAGGAUACACUUCUCCACACAAAUACUGUAUGCAUGUUUAUUUAACUCCUACGCUGUUCUGAUUUAUUAUGAAGAAAUGUUGUUUAAAGACUUUGAUGCGGGCAUAUCAGAGCAUUUUAAAUAAAAUGUUAACAUUAUCUUUUUUUCCUUCUAUAUAAUGUUUGUAUUGGAAAUUUUGUUAAUGGUUCUUGAAAUCUUGGAUAAUAAAAAUGAUUUCAGUGGA